AUGUGUCCUGCAAACAAUGAGUCGAUACACUAUGAUGACCGACGUAGUGGAUGCCUAGGAUCUUCCAGUGCGCCACGCGGUCCACCAGGUCCCGAUUCUCUCCCCCCUCGGCGUGGCGCGCUCCUCCAUCGUGUGUUACCUGUGGUGUCUGUGGUGACUGCCUUGCAUCGGUCCCGGGCUACGUCGGCUCGAGAGAUUCCCAGCCCCAGUCACAUCCCUGCUGCUGUGAUGUGCAGAGUGCCCCGUGGCAGCACUGCUUUCCUUGCGCCCACCCUGACCCUCGGACUAGACAUUAUAUGA